AGAAGGAGGAAACAGCACGAGAAAACAUGUGAGCGCUCUGAGGACUUAGAGACAACUUUUAUUUUCUCAUGUUGUUGUGUGCCGUGCGUGCGCAAGCUGCCCAGCCGUCCCCUGCAGGAAUUACGUUUUAAAAGGAACACCAGGCUCUUUUCUGUUGGGGAUUUAUUUAUUUUUUUAUCAUUAUUUUUUGUUUGUUUGUGUGUGUACUUGAGGAUACAUUUAAUUGCUCUCGUUUGUUAUUUGCUUUUUGUAAAUGCCAAGAUAAAUCAUGUAUUCCGAAGAAGAAGCUUGUUACUUUAUUUAAAACAACUCUCCUCGUUGGGAUAUAGUUGAAUUGAGGACAGUUUCAUUUAAGAAUAAUAGUAGCUAUAGUUUUUUUUUUUCUUUUUUUAAUAUACAGAAUCUGGUGUUUGGAUAAAUACAACUAGACAGACAAACUGUUCUGCAGGGGGUCGCUUGCAUUUUGAAAAACAAGAAGAAAAAAGAGAGGAAAACUUUUUUUAAAUAUAUAUAUAUAUAUAUUUGAAACCAUGAAGCACUUACAAUUCGUGCUUGUCCUGGCCAUCGCGGCGAACGUGUGGGAGUGUGGGGACGCAAAGUUGGGUGAGAGAGGAGAGUUGAGCCCCAGGAGGAGAAGAUGCUACGACGGAAGCCUGCCCAAGCGUCUGAAGAGAAGGGAGCGAAAAGUGCUGCUGGAUGGCAGCAGCAGCAGCAGCAGCGGCGGCGGAGAAGUUUGCCACAGGUUGUACCCCCGUGUGUCCUGUUGUCCCACCAGGAGAGCCGCCUAUCAGAUGUUGCACCGCGAGGAUGAACGGAUUUUCUCCACCAACAACACAGAAUGUGGACAUCUCCUGGAGGAGAUCAAGUGUGCUCGCUGCUCCCCCAACGCCCAGGUGUUGUUCCACUCCCUGGACAUGGAUCGAAUGCCACACAGAGAGCCGGACCUGCCGCGGCUCUGCCAGGACUUCUGCCGGGAGUUCUAUUACACCUGCAGGGGGCACAUACCAGAGCUGUUCCAAGCUGAUGUGGAUGAAUUCUGCCAGUAUUAUGGGAGGAGAGGUGCCGGUUUAUGUUUCCCGGAUUACCAACGAAGACAACUGCUUGGGCAAGAUUCUAACUACUUGGAAGACGAGAAAAUGGAAGAUCUCAGCAGGAAACACAAACACAACUGCUACUGUGCUCAGGAGGUGUUGAGUGGUCUGAGGCAGCCGGUGGCUGUGGUGCACUGCGGAGAUGGCUCUCAGCGGCUUUUUGUCGUGGAGAGGGAAGGACUUGUCCGGAUACUCAACCAUAACCUUGAACUUAUCAAGGAGCCCUUCCUGGAUCUCCACAAGCUGGUGCAGAGCGGUUUGAAGAGUGGGGAUGAAAGGGGCCUGCUAAGCCUGGCAUUCCACCCCAAUUACAAGAAGAAUGGCAAGCUCUACGUCUCCUACACCACCAACCAAGAGCGCUGGGCCAUCGGACCACACGACCACAUUCUCCGUGUGGUUGAAUACACCGUUUCAAGGAAAAACCCAAACCAGGUGGACACCAGAACAGUGCGAGUCCUGAUCGAAGUGGCCGAGCUGCACAGGAAACACCUCGGAGGUCAACUCCUCUUCUCUCCUGACGGUCUGCUGCACAUCAUUCUGGGAGAUGGGAUGAUCACUCUGGACGACAUGGAGGAAAUGGAUGGGCUCAGUGAUUUCACAGGGUCGGUCCUCAGGGUAGACGUGGACACAGACGUUUGCACGUCGCCCUACUCUAUACCACGGAACAAUCCAUACUUUAACAGCACCAACCAGCCACCUGAAAUAUUUGCUCAUGGAUUACACGACCCAGGCAGGUGUGCCGUGGAUCGCCUGCAGACGGACAACGGCAGCCUUGUUAUCCUCUGCACCGACGCCAGUGGUAAAAACACGUCGGCAGGGAGAAUACUGGAAGUUUCUAAGGGGAAGGAUUAUGAAAACGAGCCUUCUGUCUAUGACCUGCAGUCCAGCGGAGGAGCACCACCCGUGGGGGGCUUCAUCUACAGGGGCUGCCAGUCGAGAAGACUGUAUGGCAGCUACGUGUUUGGAGAUAGAAAUGGAAACCUGCGGAUCCUUCAGAAGUCUCCGUUUGCCACAUCGUCAGACGGUGAGCAGUGGCAGGAAAAGGCUCUGUGUCUGGGCUCCGUCUCCUGCGGCUCGGCCCUCGUCGGGCACGUCUUGGGUUUCGGAGAGGAUGAACUCGGUGAAGUCUACAUCCUAGUGAGCAGUAAAAGCAUGGCACAGUCGCACAGUGGGAAACUCUACAAGCUGGUCGACCCAAAAAGGCCUCAUGCCCCCAAGGAGUGUCGGCGGCAGGUGGAGCCACCAGAGCUGCUAAUGACGGCUUGUUCCAGAAACUGCAAGAACGGACAUUGCACUCCGACGGGCAAGUGCUGCUGUAGCCCCGGGUGGGAGGGACCCUUCUGCCGAAUAGCUAAAUGUGAACCAGCCUGUCGCAACGGAGGCGUCUGCAUAGAGCCAAACAAGUGCCUGUGCAAGAGCGGCUACUCUGGAGCUCAGUGCGAGAAGAGCGAGCGGGGGAUGCCCAACGACCAGGAGAAGGACGGCAUCCUGGACCACAUCAUCGACAUGACCUCGUAUCUCCUGGACCUGACCAGCUACAUCGUAUAGGGGUGCGCAGAGGGGGGCCGCUCCCCGCCUCCGCCCUCACAUUGACACAGAUCUACCUACCACCGCCAGCAGACUCGAACCAAGGCGUCAUUAAUGUGGCUAUUUAAUCUCUCUCACCUGAGUGCAAACGAGCACAAACACACGGAUACACCCAGGAUCCCGUCAGACCCAAACAACAACCUCUCCCACGUCUCACCUAUAAGCUAUCUGCUCUGAGCACCAGAGUUCACGGCGGAAACGAGGCCUGCAGACACGUCUCCACCCGCCCUCAGCGGCGUCCACAGCUUCAGGAACUUCUCUGGAAAGGACUGCACCAAACCGGGACUCUGGGUCGUCUUUUCAGGGGCCACUAAACCCAUUUCAGGACCUUAGGGAUUAAAAACGUUGCUGGUGCAAAGUAGUCGUCUACACACACAGACAUGGGAGGAGCAGAAGUCAUCGGCCACAUUGCGGCGGCAGCACGUCACGUGUAAAGAUCAUGUAUCAUCUAUGAUGUAUUUAGUUAGUGGGCACAUGAUAACUAGAGCAAUCUGCAGCGUUCUCUGAGUGCUCCCCCAUCAUCAGCAUAAAGGAAGAGCAAACACACAAAGAAGCGAUUCUGAAGGAGUGUUUGUCUUCCAUGCACUGUACCCGCCUUCACCUCCCGACCGUCGUCUUUCAGGACGAAUUUAAAGCUGCAGUAACGUCCGGCUGAGCGGUUUGGACGUUGACAAACACCACGAAUCACAGGCUUCCAUCAACAAACGGAGUUCAUUGUCUCACACUGAAACUAAAGCCCAAACUCUACGCUACAAAGGGAAGAAUCAACACAGCGAUGUAUAUUUCCAAUAGAGCAUACUACUUAGCAUUGCAAAAAAAAAAAAUAUAAAAAAAAAAAUAAGAAUCUAGCAUUACUUUUACUCUCGUAGAGGAGGGUUUAUUUUUUUAAUCGUAAUAAUAUAUGGGAGAAUAUGGUGUUCCUAGAAGGCAGUUUUAAACUAAGCUUGUCGGGUCAGGUUGUACUUAUAUAUAUAUUGCAGCUUUUAAAGAGACACGUGUGUUGUUGUUUUUUUUUUUUUUUUUUGUCAGUUUAAAUGUAACGCAUGUCUGUGCCUGCAUAGAGUAAUUCCCAACAGUUGUGGGAGAGCAUCCGUUUCCCGCUGACAUCUGAUUAUAUUACCGCUGUCAAAAAUGUGUCUCCGCCGUGAGCUGAUCAAAGAUGGCGUUUGGCCUCCAGUCGGGGGGCCGAUCGUAUCCGUAAAGGGCAGAUUUCUAAUUAACCUAAGGGAAAAUAUGCAUCGUGAUUAAAGUGAAAGCUAAACACAGCUGGGAUCGUCAGGAGUCUCCUCCCGCGUCCAGACCGAGGUUCACGCAGGCUUACGCCCAUCUGCACGCACAGCUCUGUUCACUUUUUUUUUGUUUUUUUGUUUUUCUUUCUUCUACGUGUACUUUAAAAAGCAAGUCCAAUAAAUUCUGUGUUUGUCGUUCAUCUCCUGCUUUGCUCAGCUCUACCUGGGUUCAAUGUAUCAGGACGGAUUAUUCAUGCUGUAAAAUGGAGGGGGAAAAAAAAAAAUCAUAACUUUUUUAGCACUUAAUGUGAAAGUUGCAUUGUAGCUGCUGAGACGGCGGGGUGUGAAUAGAAUAACCGUUUUCAUUAUUUAAGUAGUUACACAAAUAAAAUAAUUAUUUAAGUUCUCUAUUUUGUUUUUACCAUUGUACUGUAUGUGACAUUUUUUUUUUAUUCCUGUGUUGUAAAUAAAAGUAGGGAUAACUCUUGUUUCUCCUCAGAAAUAUCAAUAUGUCUAUUAAAAUUUAUAGCAUGUCUUCAGUACUGA